AUGGCAUCUCUAGCAACUCUUGCUACUGUUCAACCCGCCACCAUCAAGGUCCUUUCUGGAAGCUCCCUCACUGGAACUAAGCUCCAUGUCAAGCCAGGUGGUGCAGUGGUGGCCAAGUACGGUGACAAGAGUGUGAACUUUGAUUUGGAGGAUUUGGGCAACACCACUGGCCAGUGGGACUUGUAUGGGUCAGAUGCUCCUUCACCAUACAAUCCUCUCCAGAGCAAAUUCUUUGAGACAUUUGCUGCUCCAUUCACCAAGAGAGGUUUAUUGCUCAAAUUGUUGAUUCUGGGAGGUGGCUCCACCCUUGCUUACUUCAGCGCCACAGCAUCAGGGGACAUUCUUCCAAUCAAGAAGGGCCUAAAACUUCCACCCAAGCUUGGGCAACGUGGCAAGAUCUAA